AUGACGUCGCUCGAGACCUGCUCGCUUGAAGAGCUCAAGCGAGAGCCAUAUAAACUGCAAAACCAGGCAGACAGCACAGCGCAGCAGCUGCGUAACCUCGUGCUGAAGCAUUACCACGUGUUUAUCCAGAGCAAUCAGUGCGCUAACGUCGUCAGCGAUGAUCUAUCAGCGCUCAGCGGAAAGAUGGCCAAGAUCGAGACUGUCAUUCCAGAGCUGCAGGAACGUUUCAACGAGCUCCACAAGGACGUGGUAGAUGUCGUGGCAAAGCACGGCGAAAUUCAGUACGUCGUUGACCAUUAUCUGCAGUUAACGGAGCUACUGGAGAUCCCACAAGUAUUGGAAGCGUGUAUCCUGAACGAGUUAUUUGACUCGGCAUUGGACAUCGUGCAGCUUUCAAAUGAGACGUUUCAAGCUGAUGAGAGUGUGGAUGCGUCACAUAACGUGAUAGUUAAUUGUCUCAUGCGAGAGGUGAUGGAGAUGGCUAGAGCCAUGCGCGAACGACUACUGCAAAAGCUGCGCGAGGACCUUCAACUGGCACUUUGUGUUCGAAUUGUGGGGUACCUGCGACGCGUCGAUGCAUUCCUUAUAAAGGAAGGGGCGGCAGCCAUGGGGUCGUUGGAGUAUGAAAAACAGCUCAAAGAAGAGUUCCUAGCGUGCAGAAACGUGUGGCUGAGUUCGUUGAGCCGCGGUAUUUCGUCCUCGGAUCCGUAUCAACAUAUUGUUCAAGUUAUCGAUAUAAAGCGGACGAGCUGGUUCGACACGAUCACACAGUACUCGGCAAUCUUCGGCAGCGAGAAUGUAGACGGCAAAGCAGAUCCACCGCUUUGUCGGUGGGCAACGACGACGGUGGCAGAUUUCAUUCACACUCUCAUGAAGCAGUUGCCAAAGAUCGAUGACCUUAGCUCGAUCGCGACGAUCCUGGAACAAAGUUUGUUUUUUGGAGGAUCGCUAGGCCGCGUCGGUGUUGACUUCCGCGCAGUGCUUGUUGUGUGUUUCGAGGACCACGUGCUGACCUUGAUGACAGAAUUGUGGCGGUCGGCCUGUUGCGAGUUCCGGGAUAAUCUGAACGCCCACUCCUUGUCAGCAUCCAGUGACUCCUCGCUUUUAACGACACCGAUCGUAAUCGCAUCGUAUCGGUCAUUUGCCAACGGUAGUGUCAGCACCAUGUCUGCUGCUUCUCGUCUAGCACCGGCAUCUUCCGAUGGUGACGGCUAUUCACCUCCACGGUGCCUCAUGUCUUUUCCCGUGCUGGCUGAAUUUACCAACGCGCUGCUAUCUUCGCUGAAUGAACUGAGGCUGUGCACGAUUCUGUCGCUACAGAAUCGUUUGGGCAGAAAGUACCAGAGUGUGAUCAGCACGAUGUUGGUUAUUAUCGCUGAGUUUGUGAAGGAGAACGAGCUUGAUCUACACGCUUCAAGUGAAGCAAGCUACGAAGGUGGAAAUGAUACGACAUCAAACAAUGCACGAAAAGCAGCACUUACUGAAUCUGUCCGCGCGAUGACCGAGGUUGUUCGUUCAGAGCUCGUGCCAUACCUGAUCAAGUGCUUUCAUCGUCUGUUCCCUGUGCCAUCAAUAGCCGCACUCAGUCCUGCUCGGAUCCUGAGCAAGGAGAUUGAUGAGAUCGAUGUGAUCAUGCGCGAGGCUGGUUUGCUGGUUACUUCCUUGGAUGACGAGCGCGCAACAGGGACUGCAGUGGAUCAAAGCGCUAACAUAAUUGGAAUCCUCAAGUCAGAGGGCUGA